AUGGUGGUGGUUCCUGCCAUAGGUGCCGCUGCCUCUUCGGUGGCCGGUUUACUUUUCAAAGCCAGCUCUGCCUCCACGGUGGCUGCCUCAGCCGGUGUAGCUGCCAUUGGUGCCUCCAAACUUAGCCUGGCUAUAGCGGGAGCCGUGAAGGUAGCCACCGCCAUUAUAGGUGUGGGCAAAUUGGCCAUUAUACCCUUUCUGAUAGCCGCCAUUGCCUAUUACAACUACGAUUUGUUCGAUCCCGAAAAUCGUCCGUUUAAUGUUAAAGAAGUUGAUCGGGUCUAUGAUUUUAUAAUCAUAGGUGGCGGUUCGGCGGGCUCGGUUUUGGCUUCGCGUCUCUCGGAAAUACCUCAUUGGAAGAUAUUACUAUUGGAGGCUGGUGGUCAUGAAACGGAAAUAUCGGAUGUGCCGCUAUUAUCGUUGUAUUUGCAUAAAAGCAAAAUGGAUUGGAAAUAUAGAACUCAACCCCAAAACACUGCUUGCCAAGCCAUGAAAGACAAACGCUGCUGCUGGACUAGAGGCAAGGUAUUGGGUGGCAGUUCUGUGCUCAACACCAUGCUGUAUAUAAGAGGCAAUCGUCGUGAUUUUGAUCAAUGGGCUUCGUUUGGCAAUGAAGGCUGGGGCUAUGAGGAUAUCUUGCCAUAUUUUAGAAAAUCAGAAGAUCAAAGGAAUCCCUAUUUGGCCAGAAAUAAAAGAUAUCAUGGAACAGGUGGCUAUUGGACAGUGCAAGACUCUCCCUACAACACCCCCCUGGGUCCUGCCUUUCUGCAGGCCGGCGAGGAAAUGGGCUAUGACAUAGUCGAUGUUAAUGGAGAACAACAGACCGGUUUUGGUUUCUAUCAAUUCAAUAUGAGACGUGGCUCCAGGGCAUCAGCUGCCAAAUGUUUCCUCAGACCAGUGCGUUUAAGGAAAAAUCUGCAUGUAGCUUUAUUUUCACAUGUUACCAAAGUUCUAACACACCCAGAGACCAAACGGGCCACGGGGGUGCAAUUCAUAAGAAAUGGAAAGCUGCAAACAGCCUAUGCCACCCGUGAGGUUAUACUAUCGGCAGGUGCCAUAGGCUCCCCCCAUCUGAUGAUGCUGUCUGGCAUAGGACCUGGAGAUGAGAUACAAAGAGUGGGUCUGCCUUUGGUACACCAUUUGCCGGGAGUGGGACAAAAUCUGCAAGAUCACAUAGCUGUGGGAGGCAUUGCCUUUCUAAUUGACUAUCCCAUUUCAGUGGUUAUGAAUCGCAUGGUUAAUGUCAAUACCGCCUUGCGUUAUGCCAUCAGUGAAGAGGGUCCUUUAACCUCCAGUGUGGGCCUGGAGGCGGUGGCCUUUAUCAAUACCAAAUAUGCCAAUUCCAGUGAUGAUUGGCCUGACAUCAGUUUCAUGAUGACCUCAGCCUCGGUGAUGUCAGAUGGUGGCAGUCAAGUCAAGGAGGCCCAUGGCUUGACUCAAGAGUUCUAUGAUGAUAUGUAUGGCGAGGUCAGCAAUCGAGAUGUCUUUGGUGUCUUCCCCAUGAUGCUGAGACCCAAAAGUCGCGGCUUCAUGAGAUUGGCCUCCAAGAAUCCCUUGCGUUACCCCUUGCUCUAUCACAAUUAUCUCACCCAUCCCGACGAUGUGAAUGUUAUGCGAGAAGGUGUCAAGGCUGCUGUAGCUGUGGGUGAGACCAAGGCCAUGAAGAGAUUUGGAGCACGUUUUUGGUCCAAACAAUUGCCCAAUUGCAGACAUUUGCCCCACUACACCGAUGAAUAUUGGAAUUGUGCUAUACGCCAAUACACCAUGACCAUAUAUCACAUGUCUGGCACAGCCAAAAUGGGUCCACCCACUGAUCCCUGGGCGGUGGUAGAUCCCCAGCUGAGGGUAUACGGAGUGCCCGGUCUGAGAGUGAUAGAUGCCAGCAUUAUGCCCACCAUUACCAAUGGCAAUAUACAUGCCCCAGUCAUUAUGAUUGCCGAAAAAGGAGCCGAUAUGAUCAAAGAUCUGUGGUUAACACCCACCGAGUAUCGUCAGAAACGCAACUUGGAGGAAUUGAGUGCAAGUGAUUUAAGAAAUAUCACCGAGAGCAUAGGAGGGACUCUAACAAAUAAAGUGGAUGAGAAUACGUAG